CUGACAUGCGAACCCAUGUCUGGCUGAUGAUAUGAUCUUGGGUGCUGUAUGCUCCUCUCACGGUGUAAAAAUAAUCCGUGGCUCCUCAAUAUGAGAUUAGUGAUGCUUCUAGUGUGAGCUUCAGAACGCAUACAGUGAGAUAGAAGACCGCAACUGGUCUGUGAAGCGAGAGAGACACAAAACUGCCGUCGGUGUUGGUAGCGGAUAUCGUGAAACCCUAUGAAACAGUUUCUGACACUGUACAUAACCUUCAAGUGUGAGGCACGCGUUAUCAAAAUCUACGACUGUCACUAUUCCUCUAACCGUGUUUAUUGAAACUUUUCAAAAUUAGAGCAUUCAAAUUGCGUGUAACCUAAGGUUCCUAUUUGGUCAGUGGGUUAACUACGAUGUCCGACCCUCGAAUUCGCACUUUAAAGAUAAAAACCGGAGUAGUGAAGCGGCUCGCCAAAGAGAAAGUUACUUACGAAAGAGAAGCUGCCCAGCAACGCGACAGAAUACAGAAAUUCAAAGAUCAGGGUAAAGACGAGUAUGAUAUACGUAAGCAAGAAGAGGUUCUUCAAGAGUCAUUGAUGAUGGUUCCAGACUGUCAGCGUCGACUGGUAAAAGCAUUUGAAGAGUUGAAAAAAAUUUUGGAAAGUGAGCAAGACUUGAAAGAGGCAGAAGCAUACGCUGAAGCAGAAAAAGUGAUUCUUGAAGCAGAAAUCCAGCUUCCACAGCCAGGAGAAGAUUUAAAGACAUGUUAAAUCGU